AUGAGAAUGGUUCACAUCCUAACGUCAGUCGUUUGUGAUUUAGUGCUCGAUGCUGCUCAUCGGAAAACUGCAGAAUCCAGUUUGGGGCCAAAACGUGAAGACAUCCUAGAGAGUAUCUUGUUCAAGUCUUCAGAUUUUGUCAUGGUGCAUUUUAAGGAUAUGGAUACCAAUUAUGCAAGAAGAGAUGCUUUUACUGACUCAGCCAUCAGUGCUAAAGUAAAUGGAGAGCACAAGGAGAAGGAUCUUGAACCGUGGGAUGGAGGAGAGACCACCGCUUCUGAGGAGCUUGAAGCAUUAGAGACAGAUGUUUCUAAUGGAUGGGAUCCCAAUGACAUGUUUCGUUACAAUGAAGAAAAUUAUGGUGUAGUAUCAACUUAUGACAGCAGUUUGUCUUCUUAUACGGUGCCAUUAGAAAGAGAUAAUUCAGAAGAGUUUUUAAAACGGGAAGCCAGAGCAACUCAAUUAGCAGAGGAAAUUGAAUCAAGUGCCCAAUACAAAGCUCGGGUUGCCUUGGAAAAUGAUGAAAGAACAGAAGAAGAAAAAUAUACUGCUGUUCAGAGAAAUGCUAAUGAACGAGAAGGACAUGGUGUGAACAUUAGAGAAAAUAAAUACAUUCCACCUGGACAGAGGAAUAGAGAUGUCCCGUCCUGGGGAAGUGGAAGACAAAACUCACCAAGGAUGGGCCAGUCUGGAUCAGGCCCACCAAUUUCAAGGUCUGGAUCCCAUACUUCAGAAUUCAGCCCUAACUCUGGAGCAGAUCAAAGAGUAGUUAACGGAGGUGUUCCCUGGCCAUCGCCUUGCCCAUCUCCUUCCUCUCGCCCACCUUCUCGCUACCAGUCAGGUCCCAACUCUCUUCCACCUCGGGCAGCCACCCCUACACGGCCGCCCUCCAGGCCCCCCUCGCGGCCCUCCAGGCCCCCGUCUCACCCCUCUGCUCAUGGUUCUCCAGCUCCUGUCUCUACUAUGCCUAAACGCAUGUCUUCAGAAGGGCCUCCGCGGAUGUCUCCUAAGGCACAACGGCACCCUCGAGGUCACAGAGUCUCUACUGGUAGGGGUACAAUUUCAAGUGGCUUAGAAUUUGUAUCUCAUAAUGCACCAGGGGAAGCAUCUACUACUGCAGUGGCACGAGGCAGCCCUUCAGGUGGGACGUGGUCAUCAGUUGUCAGUGGGGUUCCGAGAUUAUCCCCUAAAACACACAGGCCUAGGUCUCCAAGGCAGAGCAGCACUCCCACGGGACCAGCUCUGCCUUCUCCUCAGCCUGGUACUAUUCCCUCUGAAUCUGUUGCCAUGCCUGUUCCAGCUGCCUCUCCUACCCCUGCCAGCCCAGCAUCCAACAGAGCCGUCACCCCUUCCAGCGAAGCUAAAGAUACAAGGCUUCAGGACCAGAGGCAAAAUUCUGCAACUGGAAACAAGGAGAAUAUAAAACCAAGUGAGACUUCUCCUAGUUUUCCUAAACCUGAAAACAAAGGUGUAUCUCCAAUUGUUUCAGAACAUAGAAAACAGAUUGAUGAUUUAAAGAAAUUUAAGAAUGACUUCAGGUUACAGUCGAGUUCCUCUUCAGAUGCAGUGGAUCAGCUGCUAAACAAAACCCGAGAAGGUGAAAAAUCAAGAGAUGUAGUUAAAGAAAAGCCAGAAUCAACUCCAAAAGAAUCUAUGAUAGAAACUGGCAGUAAUGCUAACUCUAACGGUGGCAGUAGCAAACCUAAUAGUCCAAGUAUUUCUCCUUCAAUAAGUAAUAGUUCUGAGCAAAAGCGAGGGCCUGAGGUAACUUCUCAAGGUGUACAGACGUCUGGGCCUGGAAGUAAACAAGAGAAAGAGGAUAAAGAGGAGAAGAAAGAUACUUCAGAGCAAGUUAGAAAAUCAACACUUAAUCCUAAUGCGAAAGAGUUCAACCCUCGAUCUUUUGCUCAACCGAAACCUUCUACUACACCAACCUCCCCUCGUCCUCAAGCUCAGCCUAGCCCCUCCAUGGUGGGCCAUCAGCAGCCAACCCCAGUGUACACUCAGCCUGUUUGUUUUGCACCAAAUAUGAUGUACCCGGUUCCAGUGAGUCCAGGCGUGCAGCCUCUGUAUUCUAUUCCCAUGACUCCCAUGCCAGUGAACCAAGCCAAGACAUAUAGAGCAGUACCAAAUAUGCCACAGCAACGGCAAGACCAACAUCACCAGAGCACCAUGAUGCACCCUGCCUCAGCAGCAGGCCCUCCAAUUGUAGCUACUCCACCUGCUUAUUCCACACAAUAUGUUGCAUAUAGUCCCCAACAGUUUCCUAAUCAGCCUCUUGUGCAGCAUGUGCCACACUACCAGUCUCAGCAUCCUCAUGUUUAUAGCCCUGUAAUACAGGGCAACGCUAGGAUGAUGGCACCACCAACACACGCACAGCCGGGUUUAGUAUCUUCCUCUGCAACACAGUAUGGUGCGCAUGAACAGACGCAUGCUAUGUAUGUUUCCACUGGCUCACUUGCUCAGCAGUAUGCCCACCCUAAUGCUACCCUGCAUCCGCACCCUCCGCAUCCUCAGCCUUCUGCCACCCCAACUGGGCAGCAGCAAAGCCAACAUGCUGGAAGCCACCCUGCUCCUAGCCCCGUGCAGCAUCAUCAGCACCAGGCUGCUCAGGCACUCCACCUGGCCAACCCCCAACAGCAGUCGGCGAUUUACCACGCAGGUCUAGCUCCAACCCCUCCUUCCAUGACGCCAGGCUCCAAUACGCAGUCUCCACAAAAUAGUUUUCCUACAGCACAACAAACAGUCUUCACCAUUCAUCCCUCCCAUGUUCAACCUGCAUAUACCAAUCCGCCACACAUGGCCCAUGUCCCCCAGGCUCAUGUACAGUCAGGAAUGGUUCCUUCUCACCCAACUGCCCAUGCUCCAAUGAUGCUAAUGACGACACAGCCACCUGGUGGUCCCCAAGCCGCCCUCGCUCAAAGUGCACUACAGCCCAUUCCAGUCUCGACAACAACACAUUUCCCCUAUAUGACGCACCCUUCAGUACAAGCCCACCACCAACAGCAGUUGUAAGGCUCAUCUGGAAUAACUGAAAGGCUGGAUACCUUUUGUAGGCCAAAUACCCUCCUUCUACUGCUUCUGCCAACUGGAAGCACAGAAAACUAGAAUUUCAUUUUAUUUUUGUUUAAAAAAAAAAAAAAAAAUUGAUUUCUUGUAACAUCCACUAGGAAUGCUAACAGUUCAUCUUGCAGUGGGAGAGAUUCGGACUGAGUAGAGGCAUUUAGGAACUUGUGGGCUAUUCCAUAAUUCCAUGCACUGUAUCUGAGUCCUGCAAGUGCCCCAACUCUGCUUGCUGAAAACUGGAAGUUAUUUAUUUUUUAAUGACCCUUCAAAGUUAUGAACUCAUCAGCUAGCAAAAGAAGUAACAAGAGUGAUUCUUGCUGCUAUUAUCACUAAAAAAUCAAGACUUGGAGAUCCCUUUUACUUCUAACUAAACUUGAAAAACAGGUUCAGUAAAAAAAAAAAGAAAAAAAAAAAUUCUAAUCGUCAAACUGAUGAAUUAUUAUUUAUAAAUCACGUUUGAUGAGAGAAUCACUAUCGUGAGACAGUGAUGUAACUUUUAAGUUAAGAAAACUUUUACUUUGUAGAUAAUAUAAAAUAAAAACUUAAAAAAAAAAUUAAAAAAUAAAAAAAGUUUUAAAAACUGA